AAGUCUGGUUUUUAUUAAAUAUGAUAUAAAAAGAGAUGCAGAAGAAAUAUGGGGGACUGGGAAUGUGGGGGUAGUGGUGGUGGUGGGGAGGUUUAUCUGAGAUUUUUUCAGCGUCUGUUAAUGCAAGAGUUCGUCGUUUUGGAGGAGAUGUAGUCUCGUACUUAGUUCCAAAGCUAAAGCCGAAACCACAGGAGAGAGAGAGAGAGAGAGAGAGAGAGUUAUGUCUGUGUGUUUUGAGGGGUAUGAAGGAUUAAGAGAGACAUGCAUAGUUCCAAGCUAACAACAGCAGCAAUCAUUUCUUGUUUCCCCGCACUUUACCAAACCCAAAAGUAGUGUGAGCCAAUGCAGAACUUGUGUAAGAAAGAAUCUGUUGUAAGUUUUCCCUAUUCUGCAUCCCCAUACUUUCUUGGUAGCCCAUCAUGGGAGAAUUCUGCCGAGUCGCAUGUUGAGCAAUCAUCUAUGUCCAGAAUUCUAAGCAUGAAGAUGGGAGUUUCACCGCAACAUUUUCAUAACACCAAGCAAUUGAAUUUUCAAUUCCAAGAUCAGGAUUCGUCCUCAACUCAAUCAACCGGUGAAUCAUAUCCUGAAGUGGUUAGUAUGGGAGAAAGAAACCCGUGUGUACAAGGCAUAGUUUCACCACAAUCAGGGAAGCCUGUUGGGGGUGUCAUCAAAUCUGUCUCACCAAUUGGUACUCAGGAUUUUGUCUUCUCACCUUCACAGCUUGAUUAUAGCCAAUCAAUUGCUCACAUUCCAUUCCAUUAUGCAGAUCCGUAUUUUGGCGGUUUACUGGCUGCUGCUUAUGGACAACAGUCUAUUAUUCAUCCUUCCCAAAUGAUAGGGGUGGCACCUACACGAGUGCCCCUACCUCUUGAUCUUAUAGAUGAUGAACCCAUUUAUGUCAAUGCAAAACAAUACCAUGCAAUUCUCAGACGGAGACAGUAUCGAGCCAGGCUUGAAGCUCAGAACAAAGUCAUCAAAGAUCGGAAGCCAUAUCUUCAUGAAUCUCGUCAUCUUCAUGCAUUGAAGAGGGCUAGGGGAUCUGGUGGACGCUUUCUUAACACAAAGGAGCUCCAAGAAUCCAAGCAAAUUCCAAUGAGCAAUGGGCUAGAUGUCUCAGGCUCUGCUCAGCCACUUUUGACUAGAGAUAUGGCAGAAUCUGAAGUUCAUCUGCCAGAGAACUAUAGAGACAGAGCACCCACCACCUCUUGCUCUGAUGUGACUAGUGCCUCCAACAGUGACGACAUCUUCCAGCAGCCAGAAUUCAGGUUCUCUGGCUACCCUUCUUCCUUUGGCAAGACUAUGCAAGUUCACUUGGUUGAUAUGCAUGAUGGUGGUGGUGGUGGUGGUGAGCAUCACCUCCGUUGAGAGAUGUUGCCAACCACACUCAUUCGGCAGUUUGUGUUCCAUUUUUGGAGAAGGUAGCUGCUGGAGUUCUGAAGGGAAGUCAUCCUUGGCUCUUUUGCUAUUUACAAUUUCACUUCUUUGUCACCGUAGCUUGUCAAAAACAAAGUGUAGACUGUUACUGGCUAUACACUCUUUUGGCAUUUGGGCAUAAACUAGCAUCUCAAGAACUACUACAUGUCAAGUCGGUGAUCAUUGACAAUAUCGUAAUUGCUCCUUUUGUUCAUGA